AUGAUGGAGUCAGAUUCUGACAUGGUUAACUCGAUUGCGAGAAGUGCCAAGCCCUGCAUAUCUGAAAUCAUCACCAAAAUUUUACGGCAUCGCUGCGACUUCAUCGCACAGACCCGGGUGGUGCUCUCAGGAAGGGUUACAGCACGGACGUUCUGCUUCCUGUGCGUUCAAAGAGUUGUCGAUGUUCCUUUGUACGGACAUACAUUUCACGAUGCACAGCUUCUCCAGCAGCGGCUUCAUCUUUGUCCUUCCUUUCUUCUUUCUUCCCCGGGUUCAGCUGCUUCUGUCUCUUGCUGUGCCUGUCUGUCUCUGUCUCUCUCUUCUUCUCCCGGACUUGUCUGUCUCUCUUGCCUGCUCCAGAGUAAAGGCACGCGGGCACGCCUCCCCUUGUGGGCCGAAGUCGGCGUGAAACAACGGGACUUCCCCCAAUUCACACCUUAA